UCCCUCCCUCCUUCCUCCCUCCCUUCCUUCUUUCCAUCCUUCCUUCUUUCCAUCCUUCUUUCCUUCCUCCCUUCCAUCCUCCCUUCCCUUCAUCCUUAUAUAUUAGUGUUGUUACAUGGUUUUGUACAUGUGAUUUUGCAUAUACAAUUGCACGAUAGUAACAAUUUCUCUAAUUCUCCUUAACGCUGUUAGAGACGUAUUGCUAUUUUUCAGGAGAGGAAACUGAGACUUGGAGAGAUGAAGUGAUGUACCCAGAGUUGAUAAAUGGAAUGGGAACUUGAUCUACUUACUCUCUCCUAUCCCAGGUCUUCCUCUUCCUACUACUUUUCAGUACUACUUUUCAGAGUAGUAGUACUCUGAGCUGGAUGACAAAGAACUAAUGCUUGUACUGGUAUUAUUCCUCAGAAUCAGCUAAGACAUGGUCUCAGAUUUCUAGCUUUUUCUUAAAAAGGAGAGCACCCUGGCCCAAAGCACCGCUAAGACAGAACCGUUGGAAAAACAUCUGGAGAAAAAUGUAACAAAAUCCAAACACAUUACAUAAGCCAAAGGGUAACCCCAGCCCCCUUCCCCCAACUCCUGCCCUCUACUGAACCAAACUUCUUAUGAGCUAGUUGGUGGGAGCUUUGUGAGCCAUUUGUCCCUUUUGCUAUCCAGGAGAGAGUGCUGCUAAAGCUGCUGCCAAUGUUGGGGGCUGGGCCGGAGAGGGAGGGGGGGCAGGAGGCCGGGUGCGGUGUAAUGCAGUCUGCCAAGAAGCUGGGGGAAGGCAGGAAAGGGAGAAGGGGGAGCAGCUGGGAGCUUUAGGGGAAGGGAGGGGAAGAGGGGGAAAGGAGGGAGAGGGAGGGGAGCGAGCUCGGGGCUAGCAGGAGAUGAGGGGUGGGGGAAGUGGUGGCUGGGAUGGGGCUUUCGGUCCCAGGCCGGCCCAGAGGCGGUCUCCAGCAGACCAGAGGCGUUGGGAAAGCUUGCAGGGAGCUGUGACAUCACCCAGCUAAACUUCUGCCCAAGCCGGCAGUCUCCAGGUCUGUGGCUGAGGGGACGCCCUCAGCCCCACUCUGGGGCUGCUCUUUCUUUCAUGGGUGGGUGGAGAAAUGUGACUUGAACCAACCAGGAGCAGCCUGCUUGCCGCAUGCUUUACCAAACGUUUUUCCCCCCUCUCCUCGGGCAUGUAAAUCCUCCACAAAGGAGCUGAAGUUCAAAUGAGGCUGCUUUAGCCUAGCCCCAAGGAUGGAUUCAAAGCCUUAGCCCAGAAGUGCUGAGUCUGGCCCUAGGACAACCCCACCACCCCCCAGGCCCAGGGCAUGGGGCGGAAGGCUUCCCGUGCAGUGCUACACAGGACACUUCUAGGAUAAAGGACGGCCACCUGAGCAAAGAGACUCCAGGUUUUGAUUUUUAAAAACCUUUCUCGGACCCUCCCCGCCCUGCUUCUAGCUCCGGGAUCCCCGGGUGGUUGCAAAGACUCCCUCCUGGGGCACCAGUCUGAUCCAGCCUUCCAGGGAGCUUCCAGGGACCAUGGGGAAAGCCCUCCCUUAAGGAAAUCCUUGGAGAAAAAGCAUGUGAAAAGUUUCAAGUGGCAUAAGGGAGCCAAGCAGGAGUAAAGUAGGUUUUCUCAGAUUUCAUUGACAGUAGAUAAACGCUACUAAAAAACCAUGAACACAAUGAGACUGUCCUGUCUGGUCCUGGCUGCUUUAGUAGGAGUUGCUGCUGGUAAAACAGAUGACUUAGGAAGCAGUGAGGAGGGAAAAGAACAAGAAUUUGUUUAUCUGAACAGGUAUAAGAGAGCCAGUGACUCUCAGGACAAGUGCACCUACACAUUUAUUGUGCCACAGCAGAGAGUCACUGGGGCCAUCUGUGUCAAUUCCAAGGAACCCGAGAUUCAGCUUGAAAACCGUGUACACAAACAAGAACUAGAGCUACUGAACAAUGAGCUCCUAAAGCAGAAGAGACAGAUCGAGAGUUUGCAGCAACUGGUGGAAGUGGAUGGCGGGAUAGUAAAUGAAGUCAAACUCUUACGGAAGGAGAGCCGCAACAUGAACUCUCGGGUCACACAGCUCUACAUGCAGCUCUUACAUGAAAUCAUUCGCAAACGGGAUAAUGCAUUAGAGCUCUCCCAGCUUGAGAAUAAGAUUCUCAACCAGACAGCUGACAUGCUCCAGCUAGCCAACAAAUACAAGGACUUGGAGCACAAAUACCAGCAUCUGGCCACUCUGGCCAAUAACCAGUCCACCAUCAUCGCUCAGCUGGAAGAACACUGCCAGAGGAUGCCAGCUGCCAGACCCAUCCCACAGCCGCCACCUCCACCACCACCAAACCGGGUCUAUCAGCCUCCCACUUAUAAUCGGAUCAUCAACCAGAUUUCCACCAAUGAGAUUCAAAGUGACCAGAACUUGAAGGUGCUCCCCCCAACUCUUCCCACAAUGCCCACAGUUACUGGCAUCCCAACGUCAACUGAUAAACCAUCCGGCCCAUGGAGAGAUUGUCUUCAAGCACUAGAGGAUGGCCAUGACACCAGCUCCAUCUACCUUGUGAAACCUGAAAAUACUAAUCGACUCAUGCAGGUUUGGUGUGACCAGAGACAUGACCCUGGAGGCUGGACUGUUAUACAGAGACGACUUGAUGGAUCUGUCAACUUUUUCCGGAAUUGGGAGACUUAUAAGCAAGGAUUUGGUAACAUUGAUGGAGAGUAUUGGCUGGGUCUAGAAAAUAUUUAUUGGCUCACAAACCAAGCCAACUACAAAUUGCUUGUAACAAUGGAAGACUGGUCUGGCCGAAAAGUAUUUGCAGAAUAUGCAAGCUUCCGCCUGGAGCCAGAAAGUGAAUAUUACAAAUUGAGACUGGGACGGUAUAAUGGCAAUGCUGGUGACUCCUUCACCUGGCACAACGGGAAGCAGUUUACCACCCUGGAUAGAGACCAUGAUGUCUACACAGGAAAUUGUGCUCACUACCAGAAAGGAGGCUGGUGGUACAAUGCCUGUGCCCAUUCCAAUCUCAAUGGCGUUUGGUAUCGAGGAGGUCAUUAUCGCAGUCGCUAUCAGGAUGGAGUCUAUUGGGCUGAAUUCCGAGGAGGGUCUUAUUCUCUUAAGAAAGUGGUGAUGAUGAUUAGACCAAAUCCCAACACGUUCCACUAAAAGAAGCUUUUCUCUUCCAAUCUUGGACUCCCAUCUGCCACCACCUUGCCUGAGCAAAAGCUGAGAAAACUCUCCAGAAAUCAUCUCUUCUGCAGCCUGGAAUGCCAGGUCUUUGAAGUUUGUUACAAGGAAGCAAGGACUUGUUGCUGCGUCUGAUUUUCAUAAACCAUUGCCACAGAUAAAUGAAUUCAAAUGAUGCAGUAUUUUCUGCUCUGAGACCUUUCUUCAUGCCAGGAAGCAACUAAUGUAGCCCGUUCUAAUAAACAGAAGAGGAAAAGGGUAGGACCGCAGAUAGAUAGUUUUUCUAACAAAUUACCUCUCAACACUGGGAACACGUAACAGCAGAACAUUUUUAUUUUACUUAAGAGUAUACUUUAACAUAUGCUGUUAAACAAGUGUAUAUGUAUACAUACAUAUGAACGUAUGAUUUCAGUUCUCAAGUGUUUGAGCUGCUACAAACUGGUUAAUUAUCUUUGUCAUAGGAAACUAUCACCUUUGAAACAACGUACAGCACUUGACAAACCAACAAUCAGCUACCAGUGAGAUUAAACUCAAUUUAUGCUUUAUUAUCUCAAAUUGAGAAAGGAUGCACUUGAAUAGUCCAGCAAGUGAAUGUGUGUCCACCAUUCAAAGACACUCAUUGCACUAGAUGACCUCUGAAGUCCCUUCCAACUCUGAGAUGCUAUGGAAUCAUCCCUAGUAUUAAAGUCUCAGAUACAGCAGGUUCCCCUCUUUCUCUGCCAAGGCAUCCUGUUGGUAUUCAACCAAGUUUCAGGGACUUUCUUUCUGUUUCUACUCUUCUAUUUUUCCAUUUUCUUUGUUGCAACAUCUCUUUAAUCUUUCAGCAUGAUAAGGCACAGAUCUUUUUCCCUCCUCAAUAACUGCUACUGGCCUUAACUACAUUUCUCCAUUCCUUAUAACCAUUCAGGCUCCAUCCUUCUCCUCUUAGAAGCACUUUCUAGUCAGGGCAUUCUUUCAGAAUGAGGUCUUAGAUUCCUAAGCUCCUGAGCAUAAAGUGAGCUGGGGCCUAAGCUUCUGGUCAGGAAAGAAGUCAGUCAGUGUUAUAAUCUUAACCAUCUACUUUAUAACUUAAGAAUAAAUUUCGUUCGUAGUUUAACCAAAACACCAUUUCAACUUUCACACAAAUAACAACUGCAUAUUUUACUAUGUGCUGUAUCUAAGUUUAGUCAUUAUCUAGAUAUUUAAUCCAGAAAAUGGUUCCAGACUAAAACCAACCCACUAUGUCUUGAACACUAACGAACAAUACCAACAAAAUUCUGAUGCCUUUUCUCUAGAUGCAAAAUCACUUUACUUCUUUGAGAAAACAAUUUCAUUCAGUUAUUUUUCCUCCCCUACCCAAUAAGGAAUUUGCCAAUUUGUUGGUGAAGAACACAACUGCCUUACAGAACCUUGACCCUAUCAAUCUUGCCAGCUGAUGUAAUUUUCUAGCUUAAUGUUAUCAUAGGACAAGUUGGAAAGUAAAAUAAUAUGAUGGGCUAACAAUUAGUGAAGCUCUUGGCACUUCACCAUAUGACACAAUAAAUCUGUGAGAUUCCCAUGCCUUAUUAUAUGCUGUACAUACAUGAGUGUGUGCCUGUUCCCCUUAUUACCUCAGUAUUUCUCAAAAAAUGUAUGAUGUGUAUUAAAGUGAUGUCUGAUGUAGCAUGUGUUGUAUAUAUAAAAAGUAGGGUUUUUUAAUAUAUUACCAAAUUAUCCUUGUAAUGACACAAAUCUGCAAUAAAAAUCCACAAAUGCUA